AUUCUCGUCUCGUACUCGUUCACCGUGACCUACCUAAACGCGUCGCCGCCAGAAAAACUAAAAGCAACCCCCAACCCACGCGGCGCGGCGCCGCCCGACACCACCGCUCCGGUCCCCGGCGACGGCACGAUGCGGCGGCAGCCUUUCUCGCGGCACGCCGGCUUCUUCUCCUGCCUCCAGCGGGUGGAAGACCGGCUGGCGUCGGAGUCGGAGCAGCAACAUCAGGAGCAGAAGGAGAGCCCGCCGCCGCCAGCUACAGCAAAGGCAACGGCAACGACGCGCCAAACCGAGGCGUCGCCAUUCUCGGACACCAUGACCGCCUCCCCACUCCUCUUCCUCGACCCAGCAGCACCCGCACCAGCGCCCGGCAGCAGCAGCGGCCCGGCGCUGGACUUCCUCACCGCCGCCACCCAGGAGGGCAAGCACAUCCAACAGGAAGACGACGACAACGAUGGCGGCGGCGACGGCGAUGAGGAGGACAUCGCGCGGCUCAUGGAGCUGCUCGGCCUGUCAUCCGGCGGCGGUGGCAGCAGCCGCCGCGACGACGACGGAGGCGGGUGCGACUGCAGCGGCGCCGACGGGUUCCUGGCCAAGGUCGUGGGCGUGGUCGGCCCCAAGUGCGACAGGGAGAAGGGGAGGCUGGACGCCUGGAUCCGCCAUUACCACCGUGGGGGAGGCAGGGAGCCCGCGAGGCUGGCGCACCUGCUGCUCGCCAGGGCUGCCGCCGACACGGCAGCCGUUGCGUUCCCGGCCAGCGUGAAGGACUUCUUGGACCACGAUCCGCCACGGCAGUUGACGGACGAGUCGGAGUGGAGUGAUGCAAACGGAGACAAUAAUAGAGAUUGACAGACAUGUUUUCUGGAACUGAUUGAAAAGGCAGGCAAUAAUAGAGAUUGACAGACAUGUUACUGUUCGCAUUUUUGUGCACAAAGGUGGAGACAUUCAAAUAAUAGGUCGGCGAAAUGUAACUGAACGCACGAACAGGGAGGCAAAAUAUAUGCAAUGUGGUGUUAAGC